CAGUGUCAUCAGAGCCAGUGUGGUGGACGGGUGUCAGUGCUUCUGUGAACAUAGACGACAACGACGACUGAUACCGAGUGACACACUAUCACCACCACCACCGCCACCUCGACCAACACCACUGCCAUGCCCAGACAAGACCAAUCCUCCUACCAGAUCGUGCUUGCGGUCAUGUGUGUGGGAGUGUUGUCAGCUUUAGCCAGCCUGGGCGACACAGCCGACACAGCCUCCCUCACCACGCGUCCCGAGGAUCCACUACAGCCGGUCUGGAACAGCCUGGACGCCAUCCCUGCUCAGGUUCUGGCCGGCUUCAAGGGACAGAUCGAAAUCUUGAGUCGUAGUUCUGAAGCUUCACUGCUAACGGUUCGUACCCACCUCUCUACGCUGGAGGCCAACUUGAAGAAAAAAAUUGAGACUCUUGGUGAAGACACGGGUGACUUGGUGACCGACAGGCUAGUUAACGCCGAGGCUUUGAUUCUCGAGGACAUCAAUAAACUAGCUGCGACCCUGACCUCAUUGACCCAAAAGUGUGACCUCUGUGCGGUGGCCGUACAGUCACACCAAGAAACUCAAGAAUCAACCAGGUGCUCCGAUGAAGCUGCAUCGGCCAUGGCGAGGAUGGAGGCGACUGUGGCGAGAGUCGAGGCGGCGGCGAUAAAAAUGGACAGAACAGCGGAGAGGGUGGAUGAAACAGCAGUGAAAGUGGAUGAGGUGGCGAGGAAGGUGGACGGAAUAGCAACAAGGAUGGAGGAGGUGGAAGCAAGGAUCAAUGAUGGAAAAGCGAGGGUGGAGGCGGUGGCGGCGAGGGUGGAAGAGGUGGAAGCAAGGAUCAGUGAUGGGACAGCGAAGGUGGAGGAGGUGGCGGCGAGGGUAGAAGAGGUGGCAGCAAGGGUGGAGAAGGCUACAUUGUAUGUGGAAGAGGCGGCAAGCAAGGCACAGCAGUCUGCUAUCGGCAUCACAGGCGUCACCACACCAACCAACACGACCAGUCCCCGCUACUAUCCACUAGACUGUGCAGACAUACACUGGCGUCAGCCCGAUGCCCCGAGCAAAGUGUAUCUCACCUACCCAACACUCGAACCACAGGCUCCCGUCAGUGCCUUCUGUGACAUGGGUCUGAGCGAGGCCAAGGAGACAGGCGGGUGGACUGUGGUGCUAAGGCGACAAAACACUUCCUGGGGACUAGAAAACUUCAACAGGUAAGUGACAGCUGUGGUGGU